UCCUAUUAUUGCCCAUCAUCAUAUAUAUAUAUAGAUUUAAUGUUAUGGAAACAAUAUCUACAAGAGAAAAAGGUUAUGAAAGCAAUAUAAAAACAAAGAGAGAAGAAAGAACCCUGCAGGUGGAUAUUGGAAACAAAAUCUAAAACACAAUCUCACAAUAAAAACAAACAAAACAAUAAUUUGCACUUUAAAAGGGCCACAAAACACUUCACUAACCCACACGAGUCAUUUUCUCCCCCACCGAGCUUCUUCUUUCCCCUCUCACUCUCAUCUCAUGGCCUCCACUCCUCCAAAUGACGAUGAUCACACCACCACUACCCUCCACUCCCGCCGCCAGCAAGCACUUCCAAAGCCGCCGACCGCCGCCGCCUGGUACAUGCCCCUCCUCGUGACAAACUACAUCCUCCUCUUGGUCGGCUCCAUCUCCUCCACCUUGCUCUCCCGCUACUACUUCAUCCACAAGGGCCGCAGCCGCUGGGUCUCCACGUGGGUCCAGACCGCCGGCUUCCCUCUCCUCCUCCCGCCCAUCUACCUCCCUUACUACCUCUUCCGCUCCACUCCGCGCCGCCCCUUUUCCCAUUUUACCCUCCCCAUCCUCCUCCUCUCCCUCUUAGUGGGCCUACUGUUGGGCCUCAACAACCUCCUCUUCUCCUGGGGGAACUCCUACCUCCCCGUCUCAACUUCCUCCCUCCUCCUCUCCUCCCAGCUCCUAUUCACCCUCAUCCUCUCCGUCUUAAUCGUCAAACAGAAGCUCACCUUCCAGAAUCUCAACUGCGUCAUCCUCCUCACCCUCAGCUCCAUCCUCCUUGGGCUCGGCUCCUCCGAUGAUAGGCCCACUGGGCUCACCCGCUCCAACUAUUUUGUCGGCUUCUUUUGCACCAUCGGUGCAGGCCUCCUCUUCGCCCUCUACCUCCCCGUUAUGGAGCGCAUUUACAGGCGGGUGGACAGCUACUUGAUGGUGAUGGAAAUGCAGCUGGUGAUGGAGGCGGUGGCGACGUUGCUGGCGGUGGUGGGGAUGGUGGCUUCCGGCGGCGGGGUGGAGGAGAUGAGGAGGGAGAGCGAGGAGGUGUUCGACAAAGGGGCGAGGGCGUAUUGGGGGACGGUGAUCGGGAACGCGGCCACGUGGCAGCUCUGCUUCAUGGGGACGGCGGGGAUGGUGUAUCUGACGUCCUCGCUGACGGGAGGGAUAUGCAUGACGGCGCUGCUGGCUAUGAACGUGCUGGGCGGGGUGGUGGCGUACGGGGAGGAGUUCGGCGGGGUGAAGGCGGUGUCAACGGUGUUGUGCGUUUGGGGGUUUUGUUCCUAUGUGUAUGGGAUGUAUGUUAAGAUGAAAAGAGGGAUUAAUAAUGAUAACGUUACUAGUGCUGGAGAAGAAGAUGGUGGUGAUAAUGGCAACGGCGGUGGUGGUAAAAUUCAGGUGACGGAGAUGGGUCGGGGAGAUGCAGUAGCCAACAAUGUCUGAUCUGAUGUGGAAGAGACUGAUGAUAUCUGUCUAUUUCAUUUUUCUUUUCUUCCUUUUCGGCCUUAACUUGUUGUUUUGCUACUUUUGGGUUCAAGGGUGGAGUCUGUGGGGUUAGUUAGACGGGAUUGUUCAUCUUAUGCUUCGAAUUUUGAUUACUCUAAGCUGUUAUAUUAUCAUAAUUAUAGGGUGGGAGAGAGACCUCUCGGGAACAAAAUAGAUAGGUAGAUAGAUAUAUAUGAAUUGCAUUAUAAGAAGGUUUUGUUCAAUUGGCUUAAUUAGAGUUGGUAUGGAAUCAAUUUGCAACUACAGU